CGAGACCGGGCCACGACGACGACGACGACGAAAGACGACGACGAGGCGCAACCUAGCGCAGGUGCUUCGUCCUCCGUCCCUCCGUGCCCUCCUCUCCCGCUGCUGAUCUCAUUGUGUGUUUCUGCCCACGGCGUCCUGCAAGCAUCCUGCCUGCUUCUCCUGCUGCGGUGGUGGUUGGAGUGCGAGCGAGCGAGCGAUUUCUUCGGUCUCUCUCUCCCUCUUUCUCUCUUUCAGACAUGAAGGCUUUCAGCCGCGGGACGAAUUCCACUGCUCUCGCUGGCCUCAGGGCGCGAAGCUGGACGCUGGCGCGAGGGAACAAGGAUUUCGUAUGAUCGGCAGAGCGUCGAAGGUCGAGCUGGUUUCGACAGCUCCGCUUUUCCGAGGAGCGGUCGAGGGCUGUGAGAAUCCGGAGGGAGGAAGAGGCGGAAGAUAUUAGGGAUAGCUGCGGGGCUCGUGGCUGGUGCUGCCGGUGUCUGUUUCUCUGGUGUCGGGCUCUUUGCCUCGUUGUAACGUACGUGGUUGUUGCUGACAUGCGACUGUGAAAGUCGAAACUUGCGAAGAGAGGAGGAGGGAGAGAUGUGUUCGGGGUGACAGGGAGAGCCGACGGGAGUGAGGGAGCUUGGAGGAGGUGACAGUGGAGUUAUUCGGAGUUAGAGGCAGGGACGGAAGAGUUGAAGAGCUUUAGUGGAGGAGGUUGUGUUUUGAACCGGGAAGGUGUCGAUAGGUACCUGACAGUGCAGUGAGCGACUUCUGCGGAGUCUUGUCGAAGCGGGUCUAGGAAACUGGCAGACUCGAGGGUGAUAGGGCGGGAGCGUGUCGGGGUGGCGAGAGAAAGGAGAUAGAGGUAGUCGUCGGGGAUGCUGCAAGGUUGGAAGCUGAGAAACAGAGCCAGUGGUCGGCGAGCGUUUGUCGAGGAAAAAAAUGAGAUGUAGCUGGAGGAGGUUUGUGCAAAGUUUGUCGCUAUCUCCGUCGCGUGUUUUCCUUCACUCCUAACCGAUCUCCUCAUGGCAAGGGGUUGUCGUUGUGCUUCUCGUCUCCUGCCAUGACGAGCUGUUGAGAACAACGCAGUGGUGGAAGGCCGGUGCUGCUUCGUUGUUGAGUUCGCGGGCUUGCCUUAUGCGUGUGUUUCUCCUGUUUUUGGUCCUUAUGCUGCCGCGGAGUCUGCAUCCUUCGAAGGCUCAGUUGAAGAGCCACGAGAGGAGUUAAGAGGCAAUGACUUGUGCAACAAAUAGGGUGGUGGGAGAAACGAGGACUGUAAGGUUAGGGUCAACAGCAACGCAGAAGAGUUCAGCCUGCUGCUUAGUCUACCUCGUAUUUCUGGUAACUUUGCUCGAUCUCGGACUAGCUCUUUCUAGCGAUGGAUUACAUCUUCUGUCCUUCAAGAGGGGGAUUACGCUCGACACUUGUAAUGUUUUGGCCGACUGGAACGAGACACACUCUCAUCCUUGUAACUGGCGUGGAGUAACCUGCGACGCUAACUCUCUGCGGGUAGUAAGUUUGAACAUUGACGGAAGGCAGGCCGGAUUAGUCGAACGGAAUGGGGCGUCCUCUGGGCCCGACCUGACUGAGGUGGAGGCCACCGCAAGUAGUGUUGUAAAUGGUAGUGUUCUUAGUUCGCCUUUAGUCUCUAGUAGAGAUGGAUCUGGCCCGCCAAAUUCUAGCCUUAGACAGGUUUUGAGCACACCUGGGGAGGCUGGAAAUUCGGUGCGGUGCCCUCUGUCGGGUACACUUUCUCCGGAGAUCGGAAAUCUCUCGGAGCUGAGAACUUUGUCCAUAAUCUACAACAAGAUAACGGGAGAAGUUCCUAGGGAGCUAGCUAAGCUAGAGUUUUUGCACACGCUAGACCUCCAGUCGAACAGUCUGAAUGGAAGACUUCCUCGGGAGCUUGGUCAGCUGCGCGAAUUACGAGUCCUUAACCUCAACAACAAUGUUCUGAAGGGCCACAUACCUCGCGAACUCACCUUCUGUCGCAAACUGCGUAGUUUGAGUCUUGCUGGAAAUGAACUCACAGGAACUGUUCCUCCAUCUCUUGGAAGCUUACAGCAAUUGGAAUGGUUGGGUCUCUCUUCCAAUCAGCUUGCCGGUACCAUUCCGUCGGAGUUGACACCUCUUAGGUGCAAAUUGAUAUUUUUGGACCUCUCGAGAAAUGGUUUCACGGGUAGUAUCCCUUCGGAGCUAGGCAACUGUGGUCGUUUGAGGUGGCUCAGUCUGAACUCUAACAGUUUGUCGGGUAGCAUCCCUCCCGAACUUGGGCGAUUGUCCAGUCUGAAGUACUUGCAGGUUGCGGUCAAUCAGUUGAGCGGUCACAUUCCUCCCCAGUUAGCACGGUGUCAGAGACUCGAGGUUUUGGUACUCUCGGGCCAGAGUGCUUCUAGAUCAUCAAGGAAGGAUGCUCCUGGCAGCUGGACGCGCCGUAGCGUCAGAUUGGGUUCAGGCGAAAACAAUCGCUUCGAAGGUCGUCUUCCUGAAGGACUCAUUUUUCUCCCAGUUAUGCGGGUUCUGUGGGCCCCUAGAGCAGGUUUGCUUGGAACUUUUCCCAGAGUAUGGGGUGCCUGCAGCAACUUGGAGAUUUUGAAUUUGGCACAAAAUGCCUUCACUGGAGAAUUGCAUGAAGGGUUGAGCAGGUGUAAGAAGCUUAUCUAUCUCGACGUGAGUUCCAACCAGUUGAGUGGGAGCUUUCCUCCUAGAGUAUCCGGCCGAUGCAUGGUGGUUUUCAAUGUGAGUAGGAACAUGUUUUCCGGGAGACUACCUGGCCUUUCAUCUCUCGAGUGUGCGAAGCCCAUGCCUGUGAAAGACUUCUACAAUCACAUCACCUGGUCCCUCCUACUCAGACAUACUUUGAACCGGGAAGCGUUGAGUUGCACUCACCAUCGUUGCACUUUAUUGUGGGCGUCCCAUAAUUAUUCGCCAACCAGCUGCAAGACGGAUGUUGUCCACGAUUGGAGUUUUAAUCAGUUCGCAGGUACGAUUCCCCUCUCCCUCUUGGGAACAGGCAUAUCGGAAGGCGUAUCUACGUACUCUUUGUCUAUGGCCGGAAAUCAACUCACAGGAACUAUUUCUCCACAUCUCUUCGACGUGUGUGAUAAAGUGCGAGGAUUUGCAGUCGACUUCAGUGUCAACAAGCUCACAGGACUUCUUCCGUCUGCGGUGCUCGGGAAGUGUGCGUCCCUGGUGGAAUUUCUGGCUGCUGGAAAUGACUUCACUGGGGAGAUGUCAGCAGAGUUUGGUGAGUUGAAGAAUCUCGCACGCCUCGACCUAUCGAAUAAUCAUUUGCAAGGUAACCUACCAAGUAAUUUGGGCAAGAUGGAGUCUCUGAAGGUGCUUUUGCUGGCACAAAACGAGUUGUGUGGAUCAUUGCCCACUUCUUUGGGCCACGCCAGAAGUCUCCAAGUUCUAGAUUUGUCCCAUAAUGCCUUUAGCGGUACGUUACCAGAGGAACUUUCCUCCCUUCGACAGCUCCAGAAGCUCUAUUUGAACCAUAACCGAUUUGACGGACUAAUCCCCGCCGGCCUCUGCAGUCUUUCUUCCUUAGUGGAAGUUAACUUAUCCUGCAACACAUUUUCGGUAUCGGUAACGUGGUUGAGGAAUAUGGACUCCGUCACCUUUACUAGAAGGGUCGGUGGAAAUCCUAUGAUUCAAGGAUGCGAGGUGACCAGUGAGUUGUCUAGGCGAUUGCUUCAAAGCACUAUGAAUAAUUACUUGGGAGGUGUGCCACCUGAUUCAGUGUCCCAAAUGCCGCCCGGGUUUUUUGAAGUGCAGAAUAGGAGAUUGAGCUCUAUAUUGAUAGCGGCUAUCACGUCAGGGUGCGCAAUUGCAUUGGUUUUGUUGGUGUUGGGUAUACUUUUUCAAUGCACAAGGCAACGGAGCCCUACGAGUCAUUGUCCGACCCCAGGUCGGAAAGAAGUAGUUACAUUCAUGACCAUCCACUGUAACAUGACGUACGAGAGUGUUGUCAGGGCCACAGGCAAUUUCAGCAUCGACAAUCUAAUAGGGAAUGGAGGUUUUGGCGCAACUUACAAAGCCGAGUUGAGGCCUGGCUUUUUGGUGGCAGUGAAGAGACUUGCCAUAGGGAGGUUUCAGGGAGUGCAGCAGUUUGACACGGAGAUCCGAACGCUCGGAAGAAUACGACAUCCCAAUCUUGUCACCCUCAUAGGCUACCAUGCUAGUCAGGAUGAGAUGUUUCUGAUCUACAAUUACUUUCCGCAAGGAAAUUUGGAAACUCUCAUUCACAGUGAGAGAGGGGACAUGGACUGGCAUACGCGACAUAGUAUCGCUUUGAGAAUUGCAGAAGCACUGGCCUACUUGCACGACGAAUGCGUUCCGAGAGUUCUUCAUCGUGACAUAAAGCCCAGCAACAUCCUUCUGGAUGAUAAUUUGAACGCACAUCUUUCAGAUUUUGGCUUGGCACGGCUUUUGGGGACUUCUGAAACUCAUGCAACGACAGACGUGGCCGGGACAUUCGGAUACGUCGCCCCAGAAUAUGCAAUGACUUGCCGUGUCACUGACAAGGCUGAUGUGUACAGCUACGGGGUGGUUUUGUUAGAGCUUCUCUCCAACAAGCGAGCAUUAGGAGAUCCCAGUUUUUUUGAAUUUGGAGACAGCUUCAAUAUUGUGAGUUGGGCCUGUCUUCUUAUCCGUCAGGAACGAGCGCACGAGGUUUUCACCGUUGGUUUGUGGGAGCAAGGGCCGGAGGAUACUUUGCUGGAGACCUUAAAGCUGGCGGUGCUCUGUACAGUGGACUCUUUAUCAAUCAGGCCGUCGAUGAAACAAGUAGUGAAUGGUUUGAAGAGACUUCAACCCUUGCCUUUGACUACUUGAUACUCGUACUUCGUUCCCAUCGCUAUCUUGUUUACGAAGAGAGUCUGUCCUUCUACCUCAGUUCCUCUCUUUUUCUGUGAUUAUUCUUCUACUUCCUUUGCCCCCGAUACCUUUGAGGAGUACACGGGGUGCUAUUUUUGACAGGAGUGGAUGAGUUGUGCUUGAAAGAUUGUUACCAUCCCACAUGAAGAUUCUGGGGUGGUUCUGCAGUCAUUGUAAUAUAAUGAAAAGAGCCGGACAAAUGUGGUUUCUUCACAACAGAUCAGUAGUUGUGCCACUUGUCCAUUUGUCUAUAAUCAUUCAACAGAAUUUUUCUUCUUGUUCAGUCUCCUGCAUUGUCCUCCGAUUUUUGCUUUUGGCAGAGCAGUGUAAGUCGUCCGAAGGAUCUGUCAGUAGGAGUACAUAGCUUGUAUCCAUACCUUGGAGUGUUAAACGGACUGGAUAAGCGGCGUGGCUAACAUAAUAUUGGCCCAGCACAGAGGUCACUAAUAAUGAAGCCGUGUCGGUUUUGUUCACGUUGACAUUAGUAGGCAACUCACCACGUGGUCAACCGGGUCGUCGUAUUGACAUAGUACUGGAGAACUCGCUCUUUGUUCUGGAUCUUCUGAACGUCACUUUUGAAGACGCCUCUUCUUUCUUCUGAUGUCUGGUCUUUUCUGAGCAUCAAUAUGUUCUUCUUAAUUGCUCGUUGUGUCUGAAGGUUAUUAGUUCAAGUGUUAGCUGAUUCAGGUAGUCAUGUGUAUAUAUUUGAUUUGUAUAGUAUUCAGUUUAUCAUGUAGCCCCUUCCAAAUUGUUUCCCACUUUGUAGGUCCAGGGUAGAGCAGUUCUUCACACUGAGAUAUUGUCGUAGAGUGUGCAAUGUCCACAAAAGGGGCCCCCUUUUGUAGACAUCAUAGAAGAUGUUCAUAUAACACUGUCACUUUGCCACGACUCUCAUAGAAACCUCCUCUACAGGUCUUUCUAAUAAUGUACAAUUGGACCAAGCAUGUUAAGACAUUGGGCUCUUAGUUCAUGUUUGUGAUGUUCUAAGGGGCAUUCUAAAUUUUUGGGCUAAGCAUGGCUACUCAUCGACAUUGUAACUCACCUGGGGUUCAUGAAACCUUUGGGUAGGUAAUAUUGGUAGUGUUCAAUACCAGGAAUUGCUUCACCAGCAACACAGUUUGUACAGUGUAAAUCUCUUGUACAGAAGUUAUUCUUGACCAUACUUCUCACAUCUUAUUUCUUCGUAUGCGUUAAAUCGGAUAUCUUUCACGUACACUCAGAGGACCAAAUGACAACCAUGGCUGUCUAUUAAUGAAGUUCACAGACAUGGAUGUUUGGUAUUGUACCCAUCGCAACGACAACCAUAUC